AUGUCGAAGGAAGAAUUCCAAAAAAUCCACGAUGACAUGCGUGCCUUGAAGACCUCGGGCAAGCACGAGGAGUUCACCAAGAAGUAUGCCGCUAAGGAUGCCAUCUUCAUGGGACCACUCCACGAGCCAGCCAAUGCUGCCGAGGCUGCCAAGUUCUCUCAAUCGGACAAGAUGGCUGCUCUCGCCAAGGCCGACUUCAAGGUCACCAUCGACGAGGUCACUCCAAUCGGAGACGUCUGCAUCGAGCGGUGCACUCUCAACGUCAAGUUGCCAACUGGCGACAAGGUCGGAUGGUCUCUCACCGUCUGGGUCAAGGAGGGAGGACAAUGGAAGAUCCGCAACUCGUGCGUCACCUUCAAGGCACCGGCCCAAUAA